AUAAUAAGUAGUUACUCAGCAACAAGACGAUUUUUGUCAUUUAUUACUUCUGUCGUUUGCUGACAAAGUUAAUUUAAACCUAAUUUUAUAAAUACAAAUCGAAAUGGUAUCGAUCAUGCGGAUCAGUUCUCGUUCCCUACUCAAAAGCAGACUGUUUAUUAAACAUUGCCAGAUCGCUCAUAUCUCAGAACAAGAACGGAAUUUGAUUGGCAAUCGCGAAAUCGUGGGUUUCGGAAUGAAUGGCCAACCCGUUUACGUAGACGCUCACGACUACCCAUUUCCUGCCAUCAGAUGGAAGGAAACAACAACAGAAUUACAAGCACUACACGAGAAGGAAAAAUGCGACUGGAACGAGCUAAGCUGCGAAGAUAAAAAGGCCCUUUAUAGGGCCUCAUUUUGCCAAACCUUUUCCGAAUUCCAAGCGACGAGUCUUGGCGAAUGGAAGUACGUGAUCGGUUCGCUUCUGAUGAUAAUUUCGCCCGCCUUCUGGCUCUUUUACUACUUUAAAGCUACGAUUUAUUCGGGAAAAUUACCGGAAUCAUUUGAAGAAGAGCGUAGGGCGUGUCAAUUCAGAAGGAUGUUGGAUCUAAAAAUGAAUCCUAUACAAGGCUUGGCUUCUAAGUGGGACUAUGAAAAAGAUGACUGGAAAGAUCCGAGAGAUCCUUGGAAGCCCAAACCAAAAUCUAAGUAAAUUAUUUCUAGCCCUGUUUUCUGAUUUAGGUUCAGAUUUAUUGGCUUGCAUUUUUCAAAAUUGAGUUGAAGCAGUGAUGGUUAUUUUCGUUGGUCAUAAUAUAAGGUAUAGUUCUUUCAGUCAGAUUAAAUUACUAUAACUUCAACAGUUUUUAAAGACACAAUUUUUAUAUCAAAAAUAUAGAAAAAUGUUAUCAACAAAAAUAGAAAUAUAUUUUAUGAUUUGC